GCGAGGGGGGCGGCAGGCGGCGAGCACUGCACUCGCAACAGGGACGCGGUUUGAAAUCCGAUCCUAGUUCAUUUUUCCCCCUCUCUCCAGAGCCCGGUGCUCAAACUGUUAGUGGGAGUCUGUGAGCCAAGCUUUCACACAGCACCAAACGCCCCGCACUUCACAACAGACCCAGCGGCGCAGCGGAGCAGUUGUGCCCGGACAGCACAGCUACACUGGUGCUCCUUUAGAUGAUACAGUCCAGUGUGCUUUUGCUACACCUUUCAGCGGUUUAAGGACUGGACAGAGUCGGACAGCUCAAGGCUGUGUGUGAAUACGGCUUCGAAGUUCUUCUCAAACACUGCACUGAGUUCACGUCUGUUUAGAUUUUCUUCACGCCUGGAUUUGGAAACUUCAGUGUAUUUGGAUGAUUUGCCCCCCGAAUGUAAUUCCCGAAACAUCUGGAAAGGACCCCGCAGACCAAGCUCUCUCAAAAAGCCAAUAAACCUAUUUUAUUUUGAUCUCGUGAAGGAUUACUGCCAAGAAGGAAUUUGGUGGGGGACGGGCAGCGACAGGACUGUGUUUGUGUGUGUGCGUGUGUGGCAGCGCUACAUUGACAGCAUGUGUGGAAUGGUGGAGGAUGUCUGAGUCUGGUCUCCGUGGUGAGGACACUCGUCCCCGCGUCACUCGGCCCGGGAUGGUCCCGCUCUGUCUCCUUCUGUACCUCGCGGCCCUCAUCUUCCCUCCGAUGUACAGUGCCCACCUGCUGUCCACAGAGCCCACAGAUUGGGUGUCGAGUGAGGUGGAAGUGUUUCUGGAGGACUAUGUGGCUGGCGUCGGGGAUACUGUGGAUCUGUCCUGCACGCCGCGCGACUUCCUGGUCCCCAUCGUGUGGCAGAAAGACGGCGACGCCGUGUCUCCUAACAACCGUACGCGGGUGGGGCAAAAAGUGCUCCAUAUCAUCAAUGUCUCCUAUGAAGACUCGGGGGUGUAUUCCUGUAGACACACCCACAGCAGCACGCUGCUAAGCAACUACACUAUCAGAGUCACCGACUCGCUGUCCUCUGGUGAUGAUGAGGACUAUGAUGAAGAUGAGGACGAUGCAGGUAAUGGAAAUGCUCCAUACUGGACCCGUCCUGACCGGAUGGAGAAGAAACUGUUGGCUGUUCCCGCCGCCAAUACAGUGAAGUUCCGCUGUCCUGCUGCCGGCAACCCCGCUCCCACCAUCCAUUGGCUGAAAAAUGGGAAGGACUUCAAGGGAGAGCAGAGAAUGGGCGGGAUUAAAUUGAGGCAUCAGCAGUGGAGUUUGGUCAUGGAGAGUGCCGUUCCAUCUGACCGGGGAAACUACACAUGUGUGGUGCAAAACAAAUACGGGAUAAUCAAACACACUUACCAACUCGACGUGCUGGAGCGCUCUCCUCACCGGCCCAUCCUACAGGCGGGACUCCCGGCCAAUCAGACGGUGGUGGUGGGCAGUGAUGUCGAGUUCCACUGUAAGGUGUAUAGUGAUGCUCAGCCACACAUCCAGUGGCUCAAACACAUCGAGGUGAAUGGAAGUCAGUAUGGGCCCAAAGGCGCCCCCUACGUCAACAUCCUUAAGACUGCGGGAAUAAAUACUACGGAUAAAGAGCUGGAGAUUCUCUACCUGACCAAUGUGUCUUUUGAGGAUGCGGGGCAAUACACUUGUCUGGCAGGGAACUCGAUUGGCUAUAACCAUCACUCUGCCUGGCUUACAGUGUUACCAGCGGUAGAGAUGAAGAGAGAGGAUGACUAUGCGGACAUCCUCAUCUACGUGACAGGCUGCGUGCUCUUCAUCCUCACCAUGGUCAUCAUUAUCCUCUGCCGUAUGCGGAUGAACACGCAGAAGACUCUCCCCACACUGCCCGUUCAAAAACUGUCCAAAUUCCCCCUCAAGAGACAGGUGUCCUUGGAAUCUAACUCUUCCAUGAAUUCAAACACCCCGUUGGUCCGGAUCGCCCGCCUGUCAUCUGGUGAUGGGCCCAUGCUGCCCAACGUUUCUGAACUUGAACUGCCCUCUGACCCCAAGUGGGAAUUUCCACGUACUAAACUAACGCUGGGGAAACCGUUGGGAGAGGGUUGCUUUGGGCAGGUAGUGAUGGCUGAAGCCAUUGGGAUUGACAAAGAGAAACCCAACAAACCUCUCACUGUUGCUGUCAAGAUGCUCAAAGAUGACGGCACAGAUAAGGACCUCUCGGACCUUGUGUCUGAAAUGGAGAUGAUGAAGAUGAUUGGAAAACACAAGAACAUCAUCAACUUGUUGGGAGCGUGCUCACAAGAUGGUCCUCUGUAUGUGCUGGUGGAAUAUGCCUCUAAAGGAAAUCUUAGGGAAUACUUGCGGGCGAGAAGGCCUCCUGGGAUGGACUACUCGUUUGACACUUGUAAAAUCCCAAAUGAAACUCUGACAUUUAAAGAUCUGGUGUCCUGCGCCUAUCAGGUCGCCAGGGGUAUGGAGUACCUGGCCUCAAAGAAGUGUAUCCAUAGGGAUCUUGCGGCUCGGAAUGUUCUGGUAACCGAGGACAACGUGAUGAAGAUUGCAGACUUUGGCCUGGCUAGAGAUGUGCACAACAUUGACUACUACAAGAAGACCACCAACGGUCGUCUGCCCGUCAAAUGGAUGGCACCAGAAGCACUGUUCGACCGCGUCUACACGCACCAGAGCGAUGUGUGGUCUUACGGAGUGUUGUUGUGGGAGAUUUUCACACUGGGCGGCUCACCGUACCCAGGUAUCCCAGUGGAGGAGCUCUUUAAACUGCUGAAGGAGGGUCAUCGGAUGGACAAACCUGCAAACUGCACUCAUGAACUGUACAUGAUUAUGCGGGAGUGUUGGCACGCUGUUCCUUCACAAAGGCCCACGUUCAGACAGCUGGUGGAGGAUCACGACAGGGUUCUUUCCAUGACCUCCACUGAUGAGUAUCUGGACCUGUCGGUGUCGUUUGAACAGUAUUCCCCUACCUGUCCAGACUCUAACAGCACCUGUUCCUCUGGCGACGACUCUGUGUUUGCUCACGACCCUUUACCUGACGAGCCCUGCCUCCCUAAACACCACCUCCACAGCAAUGGGGUCAUACAAACAUAAGGACCCAGGACAGAAAUGGUGGUUUGUGGGGACCUUCCGGUUCGCUGCACUGGACCAGCAUGUGGAGGCAGUGCAGA